UUUCUGUUUCAAAGCUGGGGUACUGGGAUCCCAAAUUAAAGUCUGUAGAUUGAGGCCACGAAACACGCUUUUCAUUAAGAUGAGAUCCCGUCUAAGAGCGUCUAAAUUAAUCCUUCUAUGUUUUUUGCUCUGGUUGACAUUUUGUCUGCAAGUAUUUUCCAAGAAAUGUAUAAAACCACAGCCUCAGAUUUCUGAAGAUGACUUUUCCCCUCCAUCACCAAAAGAUAAAUGCUUGGAUCAGGACUCUGCCACGGAGAGGGAAUUGGGUAGUGUUACCUGUGAUGCACCCGCGUCAUCUUCAAAUCUUGCUAUUGAUCGGACUGGAACAUCGGAGCUUGACGAUGUACAGCCAGCAGUACAGUCAUUGAAAGAACCGCGGCCUUUUGAUAAUGAUAUUGAGAUUCCUGAAGAUGAGUUUUCCCCUCCAUCACUAAAAGAUGAAUGCUUGAAUCUGGACUCUGCCACGUUGAGGGAAUUGGGUAGUGUUACCUGUGAUGCACCCGCGUCAUCUUCAAAUUUUGCUAUUGAUCGGACUGGAACAUCGGAGCUUCAUGAUGUACAGCCAGCAGUACAGUCAUUGAAAGAACCGCGGCCUUUUGAUAAUGAUAUUGAGAUUCCUGAAGAUGAGUUUUCCCCUCCAUCACUAAAAGAUGAAUGCUUGAAUCUGGACUCUGCCACGUUGAGGGAAUUGGGUAGUGUUACCUGUGAUGCACCCGCGUCAUCUCCAAAUUUUGCUAUUGAUCGGACUGGAACAUCGGAGCUUGAUGAUGUACAGCCAGCAGUACAGGUUCAGCUUGGUCAGAUAAGAGCUCCAACGAGAGAUCCAUCUUUGAAUUCAACAACCUUAUUUAUAUAUGAACCUCAAGGCCUGACAUUUCGGCACGGGCAAAAUUUUGCAUUUAACCAUUUUCAAUUGCUGAGGCCAAGCGAAGAAACAGAAGUUCUGCAUGGAAUGAGAGCCCUUCUGCAACGAAUAAAUCGACAGCAACAGCAACCGGUUCAGCUUGGUCAGAUAAGAGCUCCAACGAGAGAUCCAUCUUUGAAUUCAACAACCUUAUUUAUAUAUGAACCUCAAGGCCUGACAUUUCGGCACGGGCAAAAUUUUGCAUUUAACCAUUUUCAAUUGCUGAGGCCAAGCGAAGAAACAGAAGUUCUGCAUGGAAUGAGAGCCCUUCUGCAACGAAUAAAUCGACAGCAACAGCAACCGGUUCAGCUUGGUCAGAUAAGAGCUCCAACGAGAGAUCCAUCUUUGAAUUCAACAACCUUAUUUAUAUAUGAACCUCAAGGCCUGACAUUUCGGCACGGGCAAAAUUUUGCAUUUAACCAUUUUCAAUUGCUGAGGCCAAGCGAAGAAACAGAAGUUCUGCAUGGAAUGAGAGCCCUUCUGCAACGAAUAAAUCGACAGCAACAGCAACCGGGGCAAAAUUUUGCAUUUAACCAUUUUCAAUUGCCGAGGCCAAGCGAAGAAACACAAGUUCUGCGUGGAAUGAGAGCCCUUCCGCAAGGAAUAAAUCGACAGCAACAGCAACCGGGAAGUGACACCUUGAACGGGGAAGCGGAGCAACAAAUUAUGAAUAGAGCAGAAGGUCUCACAAAAAUUGUACUGUGGUUCGCAUUGUCUAGUGCUGUUGCGUUUUCAGUCUAUUCGAUGGUUAUGUACCCAUGGAAUAAGGUGGAACCUGUUAUGGGAUAUUUCUUUUGGUUCACAAUGCUAUUCGGAUUCGGAAUAUUCACCAUUACCGGAAGAACGACCUCACCGCUGAUCUUUGUGAGAGAUAUGAUUUCCAACAUCAUCAAUUUUCUCUUUAGAAGACCCAAUAGUUAGAAAUAGCUACAGAAUAUUUCAGAGGAAGAAUGAUGUAAGGUGGAAGUUGCUUCUAAUGCUUCUAUUUGAGUUCCGGGUUAAUAUUACAUAGUGUGGAUAAUAUCAUGAUGUGUAGCAAGUAAAACUUAAGUAUGACUUAGUUAAUAUGUAUUUGGCUUUACUUUUA